AUGCUUUUUGUCCAGCUUUUCCUGGCAUUGUGCUGCUGCAGCCUGGGUACUACAGCCGCCAUCCCAUUUCAGUCCCUGGAUCUCGAGAGAAUCGACUCCAAACUUCCUCGGGAGUGGUCAUCAUCCGGGGACGCGUCAUGGGGCCCAUCUGCCCAGCCGGAGACCUCGGAUGAGGAUGGUGGUCGCCUUACCAAACGAACCCCCUACUAUUUCCCUGAGACUGUGCCGGACAGCGAGGAGAUUGCCAGUCACCUGGGUGCGAUGCGUGAGGCCGGCCUUGUGGCCAGCUCGCAAGAGCCCGAAUCAAAGUCAAUCAAUCCGUCCGGUACAGAGAUCGACCCCCGUGUACAGAUGCGUCCCAUGCGGGACUUGAUAUCCGAACUCGACCAGUUGGAUGCGACACAAUCUGUUUGGGAUACUCUCCCUCCCUUCGGCUUCUUCGUUGUCGCUACUGCCCUCAUCGCCGUCCUGACCGUCUUUCGAGGCUGCCUGCGCGCUCGACACUGA